AUGGUGGACAAAACUUUUCAGUCCGAGGAACAAUGGCUCGCCCAAGUGGCAGCUAUGCGGCAGGCGAUUGCCGAUUUGAAAUUGCCAUCCCUCAACGAUGCGUCGCAGAUGUAUGGAUCCGAUCUCGAUCUGGAUGAAGAACUGAGUGAAGACAUCGAUGAUGACAUCUGGGAUGCUGAGAGCGCCGUCGACGAGAGCCCUUUCACAGACGAUGUCGACGACACGGUCAACGGGUUCAAAACUCCCAACCGCGCCACGAAUGGUGUUUUUGACAAGACAUGGCUGCGUUCCAAAUGUGCUGCCUGGGCUCGCACAUCAAGCUCCGGCAUCGAUCCCACCGAGAUCGAACAUCAAAUCACUGCUCUGUUGGCAUCAGACAGUUCGGACGAGGAAUUGCAGAUGUCACUCGCAGAUAUCAUUGGAUUUGACGAUCUUGACUUUGUUAUUGAACUCAUCUCUCAUCGCAAAGAAGUUCUAAAUGCCCAAAGUGCAACCAGUCGGCAAACCGAUGGGCUUUUUGGGACGCUGGAGACUCGUGAAGAGCGGGAAGCGACACUCAGACGACAAGACUAUGACCACAAACAUGCUGCUUUAGCUCCGGCCUUUGACAGAUCUGGACCCAAGUAUCCGCAUGUCUUCAAGUCUGAUGUCGCCGCCACGGGUAAUAUGUUGGAUGUAGCUGGCAAAAGAUAUGCCCUCCCUGUUGGCAGUACCCGCCAUGACCAUCCAAAGUAUGAGGAGUAUUCAAUCCCGGCUUCAAAGGUAGGCUCUCUUGCCGCAGGACAGAAACUGGUCAACAUCUCCGAGAUGGAUGGUCUUUGUCAACGUACCUUCAAGGGCUAUAAGAGCCUGAAUCGAAUGCAGAGUCUCCUUUACCCAGUGGCAUACACAACCGCCGAGAACAUGCUGAUUUGCGCCCCUACUGGUGCUGGUAAGACCGAUGCUGCUAUGCUCACAAUCCUGCAAACGAUUUCGAAGAAUAUCAUUCCCAAUCCAAUUGAAGAGCCCAACGCCACAGAAUUCAUAGUAAUGGCAGACGAUUUCAAGAUCGUCUACGUUGCGCCAAUGAAAGCUCUAGCUGCCGAGGUGACAGAGAAGCUGGGCAAGCGACUGGCCUGGCUGGGCAUCCAAGUGCGAGAGCUGACUGGUGACAUGCAAUUGACCAAGAAGGAGAUUGCUGCCACUCAAAUCAUCGUAACCACACCAGAGAAAUGGGACGUGGUUACUCGGAAAAGCACGGGAGACACAGAACUGGUGCAAAAGGUCCGGCUUCUCAUCAUCGACGAAGUCCACAUGCUUCACGACGAGCGAGGUGCUGUCAUCGAGUCCUUGGUGGCUAGGACAGAGCGCCAAGUGGAAAGUACGCAGUCACUGAUUCGUAUUGUUGGACUAUCUGCCACUCUUCCAAAUUAUAUCGAUGUUUCAGACUUUCUGAAAGUCAAUCGAAAUUCUGGCCUCUUCUACUUUGACGCCUCUUUCCGCCCAGUUCCCCUCGAGCAGCACUUCAUUGGUGUCAAAGGUAAGGGAAGCAAGAUUCAGCGCGAGAACCUGGACCACACCACCUUCGUGAAGGUUAAGGAGCUUUUGAAACAGGACAAGCAAGUCAUGGUCUUUGUUCAUUCCAGAAAAGACACAGUCUUGGCUGCUCGCACUCUUUAUCAGAUGGCUGUCGACGAUGGAUGUGCGGAGUUAUUUGCCCCGGAUGCCGACAAUCCCGCUUAUGUUAGAGCAAUGGCAGAUUUGAAAACCACCAGAGGCCGAGAACUGCGAGAAAUUGUGCCCAAGGGGUUCGGAUGCCACAAUGCUGGCAUGCCGCGAUCAGACAGGAAUUUUGUUGAACGAGUCUUCUCCGACGGUGCCAUCAAAGUACUUUGCUGUACAGCAACCCUUGCAUGGGGUGUCAACUUGCCCGCUGCGGCUGUCAUCAUCAAAGGAACCCAGCUUUAUAGUGCUGAAGCUGGUAAGUUUGUGGAUCUUGGGAUAUUAGACGUCCUUCAGAUUUUUGGACGUGCUGGUCGGCCCCAGUUUCAAGACAGUGGUGUCGGAUACAUUUGUACCACCCAGGACAAGUUACAGCAUUAUCUCUCGGCCGUCACUCAGCAACAACCGAUUGAGUCCAAGUUCUCGCAGAAGCUGGUUGAUAACCUCAACGCCGAGAUCAGUCUGGGCACAGUGACUACUGUCCAAGAGGCAGUGACGUGGCUGGGUUACACCUAUUUAUUCAUUCGCAUGCGGCGGAACCCCCAAGCCUACGGUAUAGACUGGAUCGAGCACCAAGAUGAUCCUCAACUGGGCCAGAGGCGGCGCAAGCUCAUCAUAGAUGCUGCUAGAACGCUGCAUCGAAGUCAAAUGAUCAUCUUCAAUGAACGGACGGACGAACUCCGGGCGAAAGAUGUUGGCCGGAUUGCUAGCCAAUACUAUGUCCUCCAAAGCAGUAUUGAAAUAUUCAAUACCAUGAUGCGGCCACAUGCAAGCGAGGCGGAUGUUCUGAAAAUGAUCAGCAUGAGCGGCGAGUUUGAUAACAUUCAAUCUCGAGACAAUGAAGCGCAAGAGCUCCAUCGACUUCGCCAGGAAGCCGUCAUAUGUGAGAUCCAAGAUCGAAAGAUUGCAUCCAAGGGCUCCGAAGAUGAGAAAGAGCAGAAAGUCAUUGAAAAUCACGCGAAGACAAAUAUCCUGCUCCAAUCGUACAUAUCGAGGGCGAAACUUGAAGAUUUUGCCCUAGUAUCAGACCUGGCGUACGUGGCACAGAACUCGGCCAGGAUUUGUCGAGCUUUGUUCAUGAUUGCGUUGAAUCGUGGCUGGGGUUAUCAGUGCCAGGUGCUGCUAUCUAUGUGCAAGGCCAUCGAGAAGCAAAUCUGGCCUUUCCAACAUCCAUUUCAUCAAUUUGAUCUCCCGGUACCGGUUUUGAAGAAUUUGGACGACAAAGCCCCCUCAUCGAAUAUUGAAAGCCUGCGAGAAAUGGAGCCGGCUGAAAUUGGAAGUCUUGUGCACAAUCAAAAAAUGGGUAAUACCCUGACGAAGUUGCUGGACAAUUUUCCUACCAUAUCUGUCGAGGCAGAAACUGCACCUCUCAACAGAGAUGUGCUCCGUAUGAGGUUAUACCUGUACCCAGAGUUUGUCUGGAAUGACCGCCACCACGGCACCUCUGAGGCAUACUGGGUCUGGGUUGAAAAUUCAGAGACGUCAGAAAUUUACCAUCACGAGUAUUUCAUCCUGAGCCGGAAGAAGAUGCACGAUAAUCAUGAACUCAACUUUACCAUCCCGCUAGCCGAUCCUUUGCCUUCUCAGAUAUAUGUCAGAGUCAUAUCGGAUCGUUGGCUGGGAGCAGAGACUGUGCAUCCAGUCUCUUUCCAACAUUUGAUACGACCAGACACUGAGAGUGUGUAUACCGAUCUUCUAGAUCUGCAGCCGCUUCCGAUCACCGCCCUGAAGAAUCCAGCACUAGAAGAGCUCUAUGGACAACGCUUCCAGUUUUUCAAUCCGAUGCAGACUCAGAUUUUCCAUACCUUAUAUCAUACUUCGAACAACGUCCUCUUAGGCUCGCCAACUGGUUCCGGGAAGACUGUUGCCGCAGAGCUAGCCAUGUGGUGGGCUUUCCGUGAGAGACCGGGGAGUAAAGUCGUGUACAUUGCACCUAUGAAGGCGCUUGUUCGAGAGAGAGUGCAAGACUGGCGCAAGCGGCUCACGGUUCCACUGGGCUUGAAACUGGUAGAGUUGACUGGCGACAAUACACCAGAUACCCGGACCAUUCGCGAUGCAGAUAUUAUCAUCACCACCCCGGAGAAGUGGGACGGUAUAUCGCGAUCAUGGCAGACCAGGUCUUAUGUCCGGCAAGUUUCUCUUGUCAUCAUCGAUGAGAUACAUUUGCUGGGCGGUGACCGCGGACCAAUCCUCGAGAUCAUCGUGUCAAGAAUGAACUACAUUGCAUCGCAAGCAGACAGCGGAUCUAUCCGUUUGGUGGGGAUGUCAACCGCAUGCGCAAAUGCCACCGACCUUGGGAACUGGCUUGGGGUUAAACCCGGAAACAACCAAGGGCUCUUCAACUUUCGCCACAGUGUUCGUCCUGUCCCACUCGAGAUAUAUAUUGACGGGUUUCCUGAGCAGAGGGGAUUCUGUCCGUUGAUGCAGAGCAUGAACCGGCCAACCUACCUGGCCAUUAAAAACCACAGCCCUGACAAGCCGGUCAUUGUCUUUGUGGCAUCGAGAAGACAAACUCGUCUCACGGCCAAAGAUCUCAUUAAUUUCUGUGGCAUGGAAGAGAAUCCAAGAAGAUUCCUGCAUUUUGACAAUGAAGAUGAUCUUCAGCAUACCCUCUCUGCUGUCAAGGAUGCUGCGCUCAAAGAAGCAUUGAGCUUUGGGAUCGGACUGCAUCAUGCUGGGCUGGUCGAGUCCGACCGAACGCUUUCUGAGCAACUUUUUGCUGCGAACAAGAUCCAGAUCCUCGUCGCGACUUCAACACUUGCGUGGGGUGUCAACUUGCCUGCUCACCUCGUUGUUGUCAAGGGAACACAAUUCUUCGAUGCCAAGAUCGAAGGAUACAAAGAUAUGGACUUGACCGACGUGCUUCAGAUGCUGGGCCGAGCAGGACGACCACAGUUUGACACUUCAGGUAUCGCUCGGAUCUUUACCCAGGACUCAAAGAAGGCCUUUUACAAGCAUUUCCUACAUACUGGAUUCCCCGUGGAGAGCUCGUUGCAUAAAGUCCUUGACAACCAUCUGGGCGCCGAGGUCUCCGCUGGAGUCAUAACAACCAAGCAAGACGCCCUCGAUUACUUGACCUGGACUUUUUUCUUUCGCCGCCUUCAUAAGAACCCAACAUACUACGGUCUUGAGAUCUCAGCAGAAGAGCACAAGGAGAAUCAGCUUGCCGCAAGACAAGCUGCGGCAGAUUACAUGAUCACAUUGGUAGACAAGUCACUCGACGACCUCGCAGAAAGCGACUGUGUUCUGGUACACAACAACGGAGACGUGGAUAGCACUCCAUUUGGCAAAAUCAUGUCGUAUUACUAUCUCAGCCACUUGACGAUCCGCAAGUUCUUGUCAAAAGCCCGCAAGACCACCUCUACAACCUUCGCAGAUGCUCUGGCUUGGAUUAGCCUGGCAACUGAAUUUGAUGAUCUUCCUGUACGGCAUAAUGAAGACCUUAUCAAUGCGGAGCUGGCCAAGAACUUGCCUCUGGAUACCGAAGGCCUGAUGGAGAAUCUGCCGAUGUGGGAUCCUCAUGUCAAAGCAUUCCUUCUCAUCCAGGCGUUCAUGGCCCGUAUCGACCUCCCUAUUUCCGAUUAUGUCGGUGACCAAAUUUCGGUAUUGGACCAAGGCAUUCGUAUCAUCCAAGCCGGAAUCGACGUCAUGACGGAGCUCAACCGGUUUGAUGCUGUGGUGCAAAUGGUGAGACUACUGCAAUGUAUCAAGUCUGCUCGAUGGCCGGAGGACUAUCCACUGAGCAUAUUGCCCGGUGUGGAUGAGGUGUUUGACGAAAAGCUCGAGGGCAAAGUUCCCAAGGAUUUGGUCACGACGGCUGUGCUGUCCACAAAGCAUGGAGCGAAGACGAUUGAAGGGUUGAUGAACAUGUUCGGAAUAAAAGGCCACAAUACACGAACGGCAUUCAUCAAAGCUGUGAAUGCGCUUCCUGCCCUUACUUUGUCUGCUACGGGCGACACGGACAAUUUGCAACUCACUAUGAAACGCAGCAAUCGGCUACUGGACCAUGAAGGCAGAAUAUAUGCCCCGAAAUUCCCCAAACCACAGACAGAGGGCUACUUUGUACUUGUGCUGCCUCCUGGAUCAGCGACAACCACCCAAGGAAUGGAUAUCUUGGCGUUGAAAAGGGCGAAUUGGUCUACCACCAAACAGGGAACUCAAAGCAGGGUGGUAGGAACUGCAAACGUCAAGCUCAAGAUCCCAGCGCCGGAAUUUAACUUGAGAAGUGGGCAGGGGGAAAUGAAAGUCGAUAUUCUCGUGAUGAGCGAUGCGUACCCGGGUAUGGAGUGGCGGUUGGAGAAUGUUGUUGUGCGGAUUGCGCAGAAGACUGAGGGUUCUAGGACGGUAGAGGUCAAUGUCGACGAGAGUCUGCUGAAGAAGAAAUAG